CUGGACCGGAUGUUGUGUUGAUGCUGCUGCCGGCGGAACACAAACCAAGGCUCGCAGACGUGAUAAAAUAUCCCAAUUUGUUUUUGAAAGUAUCUGGAACUAGUUUUUUUUAAAUGUCAGUCUGAGGUGUGACAGUCAGACAUGAGUGUCACUCUGGAUAUAAGACUGAAAAGAGCAAACAAAGUCUAUCAUGAGGGGGAAGCGGUGACUGGUGUCAUUGUGCUGGUGUGUAAGGAGCCGCUGCAGCACCAUGGCAUCUCUCUGAGCAUGGAGGGACUGGUGAACCUGCAGCUGAGCUCCAAGAGCGUCGGCGUCUUUGAGGCUUUCUACAACUCUGUCAAGCCCAUCCAGCUGAUCAGCAGUAACAUUGAGGUGGCCAAGGCAGGAAAGAUCCCAGGAGGCAAGACUGAGAUCCCCUUUGAGUUCCCUCUGCAGACAAAAGGCAACAAAGUGCUGUACGAGACCUACCACGGUGUCUUUGUCAACAUUCAGUACACCCUCCGCUGUGACAUGAAGCGCUCUCUGCUGGCCAAAGACCUGAGCAGGAACUGUGAGUUCAUUGUACAUUGUCAGCCACAGAAAGCUAAAGUUGCCCCUACUCCAGUCAACUUCACCAUCACUCCGGACACCUUGCAGAACAUCCGCGAGAGGAGUGCACUACCAAAGUUUCUCAUCAGAGGCCAUUUAGACGCCACCAACUGUGUGAUCAGCCAGCCAUUGACUGGAGAGUUGGUGGUGGAGAACUCAGACGUUCCCAUUAAGAGUAUUGAACUGCAGCUUGUGCGAGUAGAGACCUGUGGUUGUGCUGAAGGCUAUGCCAGAGAUGCCACAGAGAUCCAGAACAUCCAGAUAGCUGAAGGUGACAUCUGCCACGGCCUCUCUAUUCCCAUCUACAUGGUUUUCCCCAGGCUAUUCACCUGCCCCACACUGGAGACCACCAACUUCAAAGUCGAGUUUGAAGUCAACAUCGUCAUCGUGCUGCAUGAUGAUCAUCUGAUCACAGAAAACUUCCCCCUGAAACUCUGCAGAGUCUGAACCUGGACCUCACACCUGCACUCAGGUAACCUCCCUGGGGACCUGCUGCUGUGGAUUCUGACCCUUCAUACAACCCACCAGGACUGUGCAGAGGACAUGAUCCUGCCCCAGUUUUGUUCUCUGUGGAGCUCUGAACUGAUUUUCUGCUCAAUGCAACUGCUCCUCUAAAGCUGGAAACAGAAAUAAUGCUAACCCAGAGGAGCUGUACAGAUGAAUUAUGUGACUUGAGAGCCUGCCAGAAUCUGGAUUUAUAUAAAUAUUGUUCAAUAAUGUUAGUUAUAUUUCAGUUAAAUAAAUGUCACAUUCUUGUAGACCAUAAUAUUAAGUUAAGGUAUAUUCAGUCAUUUAAGAUUUCCAAACUUUGGCCAUGUGAGAUGUGACAGAUAAACGUGUCAAAGUUGAGCUCAAGACAAGACAGUUUUAUUUCUUAAGUGGGAUAUAAACUAGUGUCUUCCAGCACAUCAACAUUUUAACGAUACAAAAACUUAAAAGUCGAUGUUUUUUUGUUUUUUUUUUAGAUUUAAUGAAAUAAUAUGUAAAAUAAAAUUAUAAACAUAAAAGCAGAUAUUGGAACAGUAUGCAACAGGGUGAUUAGAGUUAAGACAUUACGGGGCUUGACGUCUCCUUCCAGGCAGCAUGGGGAAAUCCUCAGGCAGCAAGGCGUGAUCUCUGCAGGUGGGACAGGUGCUCUGCUCCUUCAGCCACGACCUUAUGCACUGAACACAAACGGAGCAAGUUCUGCACAUUAAAACCAGCCGCAGCCACCGUCCUCCCAUCAAAUCUAGGACAUGAUGUUCUAACUUAUUUUGUUAGAAACUGGAGUGAUUUCUUUUGAUAAACAAAUUUCAUUAACAUCUGUUUGUGGUUUCAUUCAUUCUUUACUCUGAGAGGGACUCACAGCAAGCUUUUGUGAAGUCCUGCUUAUUUCUUUUUCACAAGCUUGCAGGGAUUCCCUUAAGUUUUCCUGAGAUGUUGAGUUUGCAAUGCCAAAAACAUGUUAAAUGAAGUCACAAUGACCUUUAACUUUGACCACCAAAUUCUAAUCAAGUCAUGAAUGUGCAAAAUUAAAGAAAUUCCCUCAAACAA